AUGCAACAUCAUAAGUGCGGCGUGGCUUUGUUGAAGACCAGAAUAAUCGGCGGUCAGGACGCGUCUCCAGGAAGUUGGCCCUGGCAAGUCAGUUUGAACGACGACUUGGGAUUCUUUUGUGGAGGGUCCCUGAUUACCAGCGAGUGGGUGCUGACCGCUGCUCACUGCCUAACAGACUCCGUAGGCACUUUGACAGUUUAUCUGGGCCGCCUGAGCCAGUCUGGACCAAACCCCGAUGAGGUGUCACGUUACGCUCGUGACAUCAUCGUCCAUCCAUCAUACGACCCCCUGAGCUACAACAACGACAUAGGCCUUUUGAAGAUGUCGGCCCCCGUGAAGUUUUCAGAUAGCAUAUUUCCCGUCUGCUUAGCCUCAGAAAACAGCACUUUCCACACCGGGACAAGCAGCUGGGUCGCCGGUUGGGGUGUAACUGCUGGCGGCGACAUUUCCGACGUCCUUCAGGAGGUGAAUUUACCCGUGGUGGGAAACAACGAGUGCCAAUGCACCUACCCUGAACUCACAGAGAACAUGAUGUGUGCUGGGCUCCAAGAUGGAGGGAAGGACACAUGUCAGGGAGACUCGGGUUCGGCACUGGUGACCACAGAUAGUGAAGGUUUAGUCUGGUUCCAGAGUGGGGUUGUGAGUUUUGGUUUGGCCUGCGCUCAGCCGAUGACUCCUGGAGUUUACGCCCGUGUGUCGCGGUACCAACGAUGGAUCAGCAGCAUCACCGGCAGCAGCAAACCGGGCUUUGUUACCUUCACCUCACCAGGUGUGGACAGCGACUUGGGUUAUACCUGUCAGUUACCUGCAACAAGCACCAGUUCACCAACUCCCACCACGGACGGCAACAGUAUAUUUGACGGCGGUGAAAACCUGGUCCACUUCUCCCGCUUCACUCACUUCAUGUCGCUCUGUGUUCUGCUUCUUUCGCUUUAUGUUCUUGUGGGGAACGUGACAGUGUGAAAUUAUUUCCACUCAAGUGUCUUUGAUGACAAACCUUUUUCUUUCACUGUGGCAGAUACGAACACUCAGUCAAUAACCGA